AUGUUUAAAGACAUUUCUUUUAUGUUCCCUUUGUCCACAGUCAAUUUAACUAAUACUAGGAUAAGGACACUGUCUAGUUUAAUAGAGUCUAAUGGAGGUGAAAUGAGACUAAGUCCAGAUGCAUUAAUGAUUGUUGGUUCUGAUGCAACAGUAGAAUUAUGUCAGAAAUAGUUUAUCAAAUUUAAUCUUGAUUUUGAAUAAUAUCGGUACUAGUUCUUGAAUGCUGAUUGGGUCUCCUAAUCGUUAUUGCAUAAAAAACUACAGCAAAAGAAGAAGUUUUAAUUGUUCCCGCAAGUAGAAUUUCAACCUGUCUUAGAAGAAGUUCCAGAAUUGACAACCAAAUUAGUUUAUGUAGAAGCUUUGGCUAAGACUGUGCCAGUGAGAGAUGAAAUGACUCAGUAAGAUGAUGGAGACACACAUGUUUACAAUAUCAAGGAUGUCGAGUUGAGAACGAAUUAUGAGAAAAGGAUGGAGGAAUUUAGGAGGGACAUUGUUAAGGAGUAUAGAUAAAUAUUGGAUUAUGAGUACGAUUAUGAUUUGGAUAAUUUCCAUAAUCAAAUAGAUGAUGGUUAUGAGUAUUUGUUGGAGGAUUUAUCCAUAUUAAAAAAAGAAGAGCCAUAAAUACUUGAGUCUGAGAAAUUUUAUGGUGAUGAUGAUUGUUUGAUAACUGAGACUAGGAAAGUUUAAUUUGAUAUUUUGGAUGGGUUGGAUCUAGGAAAAUCAGUUGUUAAUGUUGAUUAACCAAUAUUGUCUGCUUAAUUAAAAGAGACCAAAUAAUUUAAUCCUGGAUUAAAAAGAAAAUAGUAGUUUUGGGAGGCUAAGAAGGGAUAUUUUGUUUGUGAAGCUGGUGCUGCUCAUAAAUGUUAAAAUAAUGAGAUUAUUGAAGAAUUGGAAAAAUUGUUGAAAAUAUACACAAAUGAAAAAAAUAAAGGAAGAUGUAUAGCUUACAGGAAAGCUAUUGGAUUAUUAAAAGCACUUCCAUAUCCAAUCAAAUCUAGUGAUGAUCUCAAGGAUAUGCCCACAAUAGGAGAUAAAAUUAAGAAAGAAGAUAAUCGAAAUUAUCUGGAAGGAUAAGAAAAAAAUGUGGCAAUAGGCUAACUAAGUAGAGUUUGGGGUAUAGGACCUACGACUGCUGCCACCUUCUAUUUUAAAGGAAUUAGAACUCUGGAGGAUUUGAGAAAGAAUAAACAUUUACUAAAUAGAAAUCAAUAAGUUGGUUUGCAUUUGGUGGAAGAUUUAGAAUAGAGGAUUCCAAGAGAAGAAGCUACCUUGAUAUAUGAGAUUGUGAAAGAGAGAAAUCGAUGA